CUCGCCGUAAUCUACCGAGCGCAAGGAAAUGUUAAGCUCGCCGAGAUAUUAGCAGCCAAAGUCUUUGCUAGCCUGCAAGAGAAGAUCGGGGCUGAACAUAGCUACACACUAAGUGCCGGGUCGUCGUUGGCAAGCACGUGGAACGAGCUUGGUAGACUGAAAGAAGCGGAGGAACUUCUUGACCAGCUCAUUUCAGUCAAGGUGGGAAAGUUCGGCCCAGAACACCCCAGCACAAUCGAGACCACGGCUGUCCUUGCAGCGGUGUACUACAACCAGAAGCGCUUUGCAGACGCCGAAUCACUUCAAACCUACAUUCUGCAAGUUCGCGAAAGGACUCUCGAUUCCGAACAUGGAUUCACGUGGACCAGCAAGCUGAACUUAGCCGCUAUAUACACGCAACAACACCGAAUCAAGGAAGCGGAAGACAUCGAGCUACAAGUCGUUGACUUUAGGAAGGAACGAUACGGACUAAAGCACGAACUGACACUUACGGCCCUAUCCAAUCUUGCAAUGACUUUCCGCUCACAAAAGAAGUGGGCGGAAGAGGAAAAGGCACUGAGCCAGGUCGUUUUGGGCCGGAUAGAAGUCCUCGGACCAGAGCAUCCAAACACCUUGACUUCGAUCCAAGCCUUGGCCAACAAUUUUCUUAGCCAACAACUGCCGCAAAAGGCCGAACCUCUGCUAAGGAAGAUGGUUGAGGCGAGGUCAAGAAGAUCCGAUUACGGCCCCGCUCAUCCGUCCACACUGGCGAGUCGUAAUAGUCUCGCCUGGACGUACUUUGACCAGGGCAAACAUGUCGAAGCCGAAUCUAUGCAGCUGCAAACCAUCGCAGAAGGCCAAAAAUUCUUGGGUGAAUCUCAC